AUGGCUGCCAUGCUCGCCCGCUCCUCGAGCCUCCUCCUCCUCGCCAUGGCGUUGUGGACGUCGUCCUGCCUGCUUCUGCCGGCGGCCAUGGCUGAGAACACCGUGCAUCCCGCGUCGUCGUCGUCGGCGGCGGCGGCGGCGGCGGCGCAGCCGAGCAUAGCUGCCGCAGGCAAGUACCGCCCGACGACCACAGGCACGCUGCCGGCAGCGUCAUCGUCGUCAUCCGCUCCAGCGGCGGUCGCGGUCCCACCGGGGACACCAGCAGCGGCGUCUGAACCCGCAACAACCGCCACCGCUGGCACGGCUCCGGAGAAGUUCCCGCUGCCGACGCCGCACGGCGGCGUCGAGCCGGACCUGCCGGCACCUCAUGGCGGAGGCGAGCCGUACCUGCCCGCUGCACAGGUGGCCGGAGCGCUGCCGGUGCCCACGCCUGACGAGCUGCCCAGCGGGGCCAGCCUCGGAUUCGGCAGCAACGGGGGCCUUGGGUUCGGCGGACCCGGCGACGAGUGCUGCGGCGGCGGAGGAAACGGCUGGUUCGGCGGGCCAGGUGGCUUUGGACCCGGAACCUACGGGUACAAUGGUCCACUCUACUGGGGGGCAGCGCCGGCGGCGGCAGGGCUUGGACGCGUCAUCAACGUCGUCCUGCCACUCGUGGUGGCUUAUGUUUCUGCAGCCAUGUUCGCUUAG